AUUUUUCCCAAAAUAGCGAACUUUUUAUAACCAUUUCUUGUGUCAAAGACUCAGAGGUGUCAAAUGCAAUAAAGUGACCAAACUUGAGGAAUAAGCAGGUUAAUUAAAGCAGGCAUUCAGCUAUAAUAAGCAACAGCGGUUGGAUAACUUUCUAAAACUGUUAAACCGAAAUUACUAAUUACAACAGUCAAAUGAAAGCGAGAAAACAAUAAACAGAAACCUAAAAUAAGCAAUGGCCAUUGAGCCAAUUCUGCAUACCUUUUGACCCAAAAUAAUCAAUUUUAACAAGAAAACUGCUUUCAGUCACAUGAAAAUGAAUGAACACAGCAAAAUUCAUUUAAAAAAAGUAAAUGACCGUUUGACAUGAACUUCUAAGAAUUGUCAUCUUAUAAUGCUAAUAUCCAAGAAGUAAUGCAGGAGGAAAAGAAAAAGAAAGGAAGAGAUGGAUUCAGGGCUAUCCUGGGCUGACCAAUGGGACUAUGACAAUCCUGACCCUCCACCCCAGCCAGAGUCAGAGAAAGACAAGAAGAACGGGAAGAAUGGAACCAAGAACAACUUUGGGAAGAAGAUACUGAGCCUUAAAUGGAUAAAAGAUUUGCGCAAGAAAUCUCAGAAAUAAACAAGACCAUUAUGAUCGCUUGGA